AUGCAGUCCCUACGACCCGUUGAACCGCUCCCCUUCACGGCCUUCCGCCACACCUACGGAUCUAGCUCUGACCCGCUCAAAUUCUCAUUGCAUCGGAGCGUGUCGGAUAGUUUCUGUGCCUACGUCUCUCAGAACCCUUACCCCUCCCCUCCUAUGCCUGGGUCUCCCUCCCUGCGAGGCCACUCAAGUCCAUGCCAACAAUCAAAGCGCAAGCGUUCAGAGUCCCCUACUACAGCUUCUAAGCUCUCUGUGAAGUAUGACAGUUAUACUUCUAAACCCCAGGGAAUUUCUAGCAGCUCUGUUAGCGAAAGGUCUCUUUACACGGGAACUCCAGCUACUUCAUUACUAUCUGUAAACUCAGCAACGCCUGGACCACCGCAGCUACUACCUGCUCUUACUGCAGUGGCGCCCAUCCCACCAAGACCAGCCGCAUUACCACCGAGAUCAACUCGCCGGGCAAAGGCCCAUGUUGCUUCCGCCUGCGUGAACUGCAAACGUAAGCAUUUAGGGUGCGAUUCUGCACGACCAUGUCGAAGGUGUGUUGUCGCCGGAAAAGAAUCUUCUUGUGUUGAUGUGACACAUAAAAGGAGAGGAAGACCCCCUUUGAAAGCUGAGGAGGGCCCUAUACGGGGCUAUGAACCAGGGUUUAACCAACCAUCCAAUUUGCCACAUUCCCAUCAAUCUACUGCUCCAGAUGGGCAUGGACGAGGAUCUUUAUCCAGAGAGAUUCGCCCAAAUACCGAAUUUCGCAAUCCUCCCCCUGCUCAUACAAAUGGAGAUCAGAUCAUGAGGGCGAGUCCCCCAGCUCACAUAGCAACACGCCAAUGGGGCACCUCAAUGCUUCCUUCACCAUCAGCAACUGUACCGCCGUCAUCGCCUCUAAGCACUGUACUUAUACAGAGUCCGCUAUCGAGGGAGAGUGGGCCAUUUUCUGUCGAUCGACAUACCUCUGUUUCUAGCCCCGUGCUUCGGGCCCCUGUUCCUCCACGCUCCUCAGAUGAUGGUUCGAAUCUUUCUCUUUUAUCCAGGGACCAAUUUCCUCCACCACGCUCACCUCGACAAUACAAAUCAAUUAUCUCUACGCCAUUAUCUUCUGCUCCAGGACAAACUCAAUAUGGAGCCAACUCCGUGAUUAGGCUGCCGCCAAUUCCUCCACUUCUCACUAAACUGAAGGUUGACUUCUCAUUUGAUAGCCAAGUACGGAGCAAUACCUCAUCGCCAUGGUCUGUGAGGGGAGAGCCGCGCAAUGAGAAAUCGCAUGAUAUCCAUCAGUACCCGAUUUCGCCCUUAACACGAGAAGAGAACGGAUGGAUUGAACGGAGAUGGAGUCAUGAACAGGCACUGGUUUCCCCAUCCUACUCUCUUCCGCCUCUCAGGCAGCCGUCAGAGCCGCUUCAGCGGCAGCGAUGCUUUUCUACGUCUGCUGUUGCCACCGGCGGCUCCAGAGAUAUCACUUCGAUGUCAGUUAACGAAGGUGUUUUGAUGUGCAAGGAAACCCAACCCGUAAAACGGAGAAAGAUGGAACUCGGGGAGAUGGUCAAUGGCUGA